CCGGCUCCGGCUCCCUCGUCAGUCAGCUCGCGCUCCAGCUGUGCCCGGCCCGGCCCUGGCCCGGCUCGGCCCGGCCCUGGCCUCGGAGCGAAGGCGCCGCUGCCGCCUGGGCCGCUCGCAGGGCCAUGAGGAGGCGGCGGCAGCCAUUGCGGCCCGCGUCAAGGUGACCGGCCAGGACUGCGGCGGCGGCGAGAGCGAGCGGACUUGUGCAGACGGGUUAUGUCACCCCCACAGGCGGCCCUGAAGCUCCCCGCAGCCCCGAGACUAUGUACAAGCGGAAUGGUCUGAUGGCUAGCGUGUUGGUCACCUCAGCCACUCCACAGGGCAGCAGCAGCUCAGACUCUCUGGAGGGCCAGAGCUGCGACUAUGCCAGCAAGAGCUACGACGCCGUGGUCUUCGAUGUGCUGAAAGUGACGCCUGAGGAGUUUGCUAGCCAGAUUACACUCAUGGACAUUCCUGUGUUUAAAGCCAUCCAGCCGGAGGAACUAGCCAGCUGUGGAUGGAGUAAGAAGGAGAAACAUAGUCUCGCCCCCAACGUCGUGGCCUUCACCCGGAGGUUUAAUCAGGUCAGUUUUUGGGUUGUUCGAGAAAUUCUGACAGCACAGACUUUAAAAAUAAGGGCAGAAAUCCUGAGCCAUUUUGUGAAAAUAGCCAAGAAACUUCUAGAACUCAAUAACCUUCACUCUCUCAUGUCUGUGGUAUCAGCGUUACAAAGUGCGCCCAUCUUCCGACUGACAAAAACCUGGGCUCUUUUGAACCGGAAAGAUAAGACGACCUUCGAGAAACUGGACUACUUGAUGUCUAAAGAAGAUAAUUACAAGCGGACACGGGACUACAUCCGGAGCCUGAAGAUGGUCCCCAGCAUCCCCUAUCUAGGAAUCUAUCUGCUGGACCUGAUCUACAUCGACUCGGCAUACCCGGCCUCAGGCAGCAUCAUGGAGAACGAGCAGCGCUCCAACCAGAUGAACAACAUCCUGCGCAUCAUCGCUGACCUGCAGGUCUCCUGCAGCUACGAUCACCUCACCACACUACCCCAUGUGCAGAAGUACCUGAAGUCUGUGCGCUACAUUGAGGAGCUGCAGAAGUUUGUGGAAGAUGACAACUAUAAGCUGUCACUCAGAAUUGAACCUGGAAGCAGUUCUCCAAGGCUCGUCUCAUCCAAAGAAGACCUUGCAGGCUCCUCUGCUGGAUCCAGCUCUGCCAGGUUCAGCCGGAGGCCCACGUGCCCAGAUGCAUCAGUUGCUGGCAGCCUCCCCACGCCCCCUGUGCCAAGACACAGGAAGAGCCACAGCCUGGGCAACAAUCUCAUGUGUCAGUUGAGUGUAGUUGAGAGUAAAAGCGCCACGUUCCCGUCGGAGAAGGCGCGGCACCUGCUGGACGACAGCGUCCUAGAGUCCCGCAGUCCCCGCAGGGCGCUCGCCGCCUCCUCCGCUGCCACCAAUGGACUCUCCCUAGGCAGUAGUGAGAGCUCAGAGUUUAGUGAAGAGAUGUCUGCAGGGCUGGAAAGCAGGGGACGUCUGUAUGCCACUCUGGGGCCCAACUGGCGGGUCCCCGUUCGGAAUUCUCCCCGGACCCGAAGCUGCGCCUACAGCCCCACAGGCCCCUGCAUCUGUGCCCUGGGGAGUUCAGUGGCGGUGCCCACCAUGGAGGGGCCACUGCGGAGGAAGACGCUGCUCAAGGAAGGCCGGAAGCCGGCGCUAUCUUCAUGGACCAGGUAUUGGGUCAUUCUUUCAGAAUCCACUCUCCUUUACUAUGGGGCCAAGUCUCUUCGGGGCACAGACAGAAAACACUACAAAUCCACACCUGGCAAAAAGGUCUCCAUCGUGGGCUGGAUGGUGCAGCUGCCUGAUGAUCCCGAGCACCCUGACAUUUUCCAGCUGAAUAACCCUGACAAAGGCAAUGUUUACAAGUUCCAGACUGGCUCUCGCUUCCACGCGAUACUAUGGCACAAGCAUUUGGAUGACGCAUGUAAAAGCAACAGGCCUCAGGAACUGGCUGCAUCCUCCCAAUGGGAGGUACCUGCAAACCUUAUGUCAUUCGAGUAAGACUCUUCGGGAUGCAGCGUGACUCCAGAGGCCUCGGAAGGGCAGGUGAUGACGCAGAUGUCUGGGCCCAGGGUGCCGUGGCCCAGGGUGCUGGGAGACCCUCAGCCAGACCCAUGGGUUUGCGGGCCGCGGCCUCACUUUCCAGAGCACUCAGCUGGUGCCAGAUCCUCCCGCCUGCCAACCCCAGCGACUCUCACAGCACUCCUGCAGCAUGGAGGGGAGCCUUGGUCGAACCCCCAAACUGUGUCCUUUCCCCUCCCUCCUUCCCUCCCUGGGCCCUCGUCCAUCCACCAGCUGCAGCUGCUGCACCCACAGGGCUGGCGGCCCAUUGGGUGCCCAGUGCUUCCUGCUGCACGGAAGCAGGGACCAUGUCCCCCUCUCCAAGGGUCCCUACAAGGGACAGGCGGUGGAAAUGGCUUCAUCCGCCCCAAGUGCAUGGGGUUGCUUGCCCUCCGGGGCCACCUCUGAUUUUGUACAACACCUGAAGCGCCCUCUGCGUGCGUGCGUGCGAGAGAACAAGCAAGAACUCGUUGGAGAAACAUGCAUUUUGGCACAAGAUUCGGGACAUCUCACCUUCAUCUGCUUUGAGGCCAUGCUGGAAUCUUUGAGGAAGGCCCGCGGGAGCACCCAGCUUCCGCCCGCAUGGGCCCAUGUGUUCUUUUACUGUAACAAACAAUGCCUUAACGUGUCUCGUUUUCUGUUCCUAUGGGUGCUAUUCAUCCAGAAGGCCUGCAGCCUGCCUGGGCCCCCCCGGCCCUUUCCAGUCCUUGUCACCGUCGACUCAGUUGAUACAGGACCAGCUGUAGGACUGUGGACCCGGUCGCUGGCCUGCUUGUUCCAUUCUCUCCCCCGCAGGCCUAGAUGCCCCCUUCUCCAACCAGGCCAGGAUGGCAAGUUGGGACCCUUUCUCUGCCUGCCCCCAAACAGCACGGAGGCCCCAGACUCGCAGCGAAAGGCUAGUCACAGGCCCACUCCAUGGCACCCACUGCUCCCCGCAGGCCCCAGGCUUCGUUCCAUCCCUCUUGGCCCUUUGCUUCCACUGCCAGGGCAGGGCUCACUGUAGUUCCUGAUUACACCAGGGAGCUGAGUGACAUUGAGGCCUUAGGCUCCCCC